AUAGAAGAAGUAGAGGAAGAAAACUUGCACAAUGGAAUGCACUGGGAAGAGCUCAUGGCCUGAGUUGGUAGGAGUAAAUGGAAAGGAGGCAGAGAAGAUAAUCGAGAAGGAGAAUCCGGCAGUCGACGCCAUUAUCGUGAUGGUCGGAGAAUCGGUCGUCCUUAACUUCAGCUGCGAAAGGGUUUGGGUUUGGGUGGACAAAGAUGGCAUCGUCGCACAAGUUCCUAAAAUAGGAUAGAUAUGAUGAUGUGGUGAUUGCAAUGUAUCUUGGUUAUUAAAUAAAGGUGGCAGCAGUCGUAUUUUAUUCUGUCACCCAUAUGAAUAAUAUUAACAUGAAAUGAU